AGCACGCUUUAUCUCACUCAUCCAAUCCAAAGAAAUUGAAAAACAGCCAUACUGAGCUUUUUUCUCUUUCUUUGUUGGCCAGUGGUAUCUCUAGCUGCGAAUUUCCUGUGUUUCUAGAUGUCCUUGCGACUCCUCUCACGCGUGGCCAGCAACACAUCUUGGGUCACCACCAGAGUCCCACUCGCAAUCCGUCAGAACACAAGUUUCCAGACCCGAUCAUUCACAUCUUUGCUUUCCAUAAUGCCGCCUCCGAACAAGCGCCGCAAGUUUAAGAAUGGCGGAAAGAACUCCGCCAACUUAUCGUCUAAGGCAGCGAAGCCUGACGGCCCCGAGCAGCAAGCCAAGCCGGUCGAGCGAGCUGCUCCUUCUCCCGUUCAGGCCUCAAGCCUAGAAGCCGAUACUCCCAGAGUCCCUUUUUCAUCAUUGGCUGGGAAGAUAGAUUCCAACGUGCUCAGCGCCAUCAGUGCCAUGGGCAUCGAAACCAUGAGCACUGUCCAGCACCGCGUCAUGACUGAGCUGCCCAGCUUGCGCAGCGACUGUCUUGUCCGCGCCAAGACCGGUGAGGGAAAGACGAUUGCGUUCUUACUACCCGUUUUGCAAUCUCUCAUUACGGGAGAGACAGCAGUGCCCAAAGGCCAGGUUUCCACAUUGAUCAUCACGCCUACCCGUGAGCUUGCCCAGCAGAUUGCCAAGACCUGUGAUCAGCUUACGUCACAACUGGCGAGAGGAAUCGAAUGUCAGGUUGCUGUCGGUGGAACGUCCCGCGCGUCGGCCUUUAAGCGCUUCAUGGAUCGCUCGCCUGCGAUCCUCGUGGCCACCCCCGGUCGGUUGGUGGAUUACCUGAACGAUCCUGAAGCGAAGGAGAAGAUGUCGAAUAUCCAGACCGUUAUCCUUGACGAAGCCGACACGAUGCUCGAAAUCGGUUUCCUCGAAAGGGUCAAGGAGAUUCUCCGUUAUAUUCCCCCGAAGUCGACCGGCUGGCAGGGAAUGUGCUUCUCCGCUACUGUACCCGCAAAGGUAAAAGAUGUGGUCAGCACAGUCCUAGCUCCAGGAUACACAAGCAUCUCAACCGUCAACGAAAACGAAACCCCAACACACGAGCGUGUUCCGCAGUACCAUGUGGUUAUCCCCUACAUUGGAGACACAUUUACCUCCCUGACUUCCCUCCUCCGCCAUGAAGCCAAGAGCAACAACAAAAUCAUCGUCUUCGGCGUCACUGCGAACAUGGUCGCCCUUUUCGCAGCCGCCUUCUCCCAGGGGCUUGUCGACCUCCCGGUCUUCCAGAUUCACUCCCGUCUCACCCAGGCUGCGCGCACUAGAGUCACCGCGCAGUUCAAGGAAGCGACUUCAGGAAUUCUCUUCGCCUCCGACGUCGUCGGCCGCGGAAUGGACUUUCCUAACGUCGACCUCGUCGUCCAGGUCGGUCUCCCCGAGGACGGAGAACAAUACGUGCACCGCGUCGGACGUACCGCGCGCGCUGGCAAGGAUGGGCGCGCCAUUAUCAUGUUGACGCAGGCCGAGUCGUACUUCCUACGCGUCAACCCGCAGCUACCGAUCAAGCCGCACCCUGAACUUGACACAAUCCAGGCAACUGUUCCGGAACUCGCUAGCGAGGUCGACGAAGCUAUGGAUCGCGUUGACCCGGCGGUCAAGGCAAGAGCGUACAGCUCGUACAUCGGGUUCUUUGCCGGUUCAGGCCGCCUCAAGAAGCUCCAGCUCGACAAGGCCGGCCUUGUGCAACUGGCUAACGAAAUGGCCAUCAAGGGGUUUAAUUGCCCGGAGCAGCCGGAGAUUUCGAUGAAAAUUGUCGACAAGAUGGGCCUCAAGGGUGUCCCUGGGUUCAUCUUCUCCAACGACAGUGCCGCAAAACCUAGACAUCCGAGACGCAAGUUCUAGAGUCGGCAAUGUGUUAUAUUGAUAGAGUGACUGAGCUGGUGUUGCAAUUUUCCAAAGGUUAUGGUUACUAGAUAGCAUCAGGUUUUUGGCGCCUAUUUCUGGGGUUCAUGGUUACGUGGGUUCUACUACUUCAACUAUGUAUUUCUAUGUUUCUCUCUUGUUUUAAUUAGACCUCAUCAAGGCGCGAUGGCAUGAGUGUGAAUAUUACGCGGGUUGACGCCCUUCAUUUGUCGAUUCAAAUUCAUGUUGCAGCUCGAGGUGAUAAUGUAUGGACUGUCGCGGGCAUCGAAGGUGCGAUGCAUACCUCAACAUUUUGUCUGAUGCACACUCAAGGCAGGUACUUCAUGGAUAUUCUUGUUUCCGUGCUUCGAAUUUCGAUCUCAUCGUUCUUUACUACUAAUCCCCCAGUUACGAAUGGGAAGUACGAGCUCGGAUAUCUAUGUUCGACGCCUACGAUUUGACGCGAGAUAGCCGCCAGACACAUCCAGCGUCGGCGCAGUCCUUCCCAUGGGUACCCGACAGCCCUUCGAG